AGUAAGCACUUCACGAUUUGAACGCGUGGUGGCAGUGCAGGCUAAGAGAGUGAAUAAAAAGAUCUGCAGAAUCAGUGGACUCCAUUUCACCAGAAGCCCCAAGGAGGAAAAAAAUACAGAACACAUUUACAGUUAAAGCUAAGUUAGGAGUGUUCAGGAAGGCAGUCGUUGACAGACAAGUUGUCAGAAGGAUUUGAAAUUCUAUAACAAGGACAUUUUGGAGGGUUGACGGUGGAGUUGGUGACUGAGAGUGGAAAAGGAUUUUUUCUUCUGGCACCAGACAUGACAACAGAGAUGGCACAAACAAAAGUACAUCGCAAGAAAAGGCAAGUGGCCAUUUUCAUUAUAUUGAUGUUUUGGUGGGAGGUGGGUUCGGAAUCCAUUCAGUAUUCUGUCUGGGAAGAGGAAGAAAGUGGUACGUUUGUGGCCAGCUUGACAAAGGACCUGGGACUCAGGGUAGGAGAGCUGGCUGCACGCAGCGCCCAGGUUGUUUUCAAGGGGAACAGGCAGCAUUUGCAGAUUGACCCACAGACCUAUGAUUUGCGUCUAAAUGAGAAACUGGAUCGGGAGGAGCUGUGCGGCUCCACUGAACCAUGUGUGCUACCCUUCCAAGUAUUACUGGAAAAUCCCUUGCAGUUUUUUCAGGCUACCUUACAAAUCAAAGAUAUAAAUGACCACGCCCCAGAGUUCCCAGCCAGAGAAAUGCUACUAAAAAUAUCAGAAAUUACUACACCAGGAAAGAUAUUUCCCUUGAAAAUGGCACAGGAUUUAGACACUGGUAGCAACAGUCUUCAGAGCUACACAAUCAGCUCCGACCCUCACUUUCACGUACUCACUCGCGAUCGCAGCGAUGGCAGGAAGUUCCCAGAGCUGGUGCUGGAUAAAGCGUUGGACCGGGAGGAGCAGGCUGAGCUCAGGCUAACCCUCACAGCGCUGGAUGGCGGGUCUCCGCCACGGUCUGGAACUAUCAAGAUUCAGAUCCUGGUCUUGGACAUCAACGAUAACGCCCCCGAGUUUGCUCAGGAGCUCUAUGAGGUGCAGAUCCCUGAAAACAAACCCCUUGGCUCUCUGGUUAUCACCAUCUCUGCAAGAGAUUUAGAUGCAGGAUCCUUUGGGGAGGUAUCUUAUGCCCUAUUUCAAGUUGAUGACGUUAAUCAGCCCUUCGAAAUAAACUCAAUUACAGGAGAAAUUCGACUGAGAAGGAUGUUGGAUUUUGAGGAAUUACAAUUUUAUCACGUGGAUGUGGAAGCCAUAGAUGGUGGGGGACUAUCUGGAAAAUGCUCAAUAGUCAUCAAGGUCCUGGACAUGAAUGACAAUGCCCCCCAAUUGAUCAUGUCCUCAUUCAUCAGCCCCAUCCCUGAAAACGUGCCAGAGAUCAUGGUGGCAGUCUUCAGUGUAUCAGAUGCAGACUCUGGGCAAAACCAACAGGUUGUCUGUUCUAUUGAUGACAAUCUCCCCUUUGUUCUAAAACCAUCAGUCGAGAAUUUCUACACUUUAGUAACAGAGGGAGCGCUGGACAGAGAAAGGCAGGCCGAGUACAACAUCACGAUCACGGUCACGGACUUGGGGACCCCCAGGCUGAGGACCCAGCACCACAUCACCGUGCUGGUGUCCGACGUGAACGACAACGCCCCCGCCUUCAGCCAGAGCGCCUACACGCUGCUGGUGCGCGAGAACAACAGCCCCGCGCUGCACAUCGGCAGCGUGCGCGCCACCGACGCCGACGCGGGCUCCAACGCGCAGCUCACCUACUCGCUGCUGCCCGCCGGCCGCGCGCACCCGCCGCCCGCCGCGCUCGUGGCCGUCAACGCCGACACCGGCCAGCUGUUCGCGCUGCGCUCGCUCGACUACGAGGCGCUGCGCGCCUUCGACUUCCUGGUGGGCGCCACGGACCGCGGCUCGCCCGCGCUCAGCGGCCAGGCGCGGGUGCGCGUCGUGGUGCAGGACGCCAACGACAACGCGCCCUCCGUGCUCUACCCGCCGCCCAACGCCUCGGCGCCCUGCCCCGAGCUGGUGCCGCGCGCGGCCGACGCGGGCUACCUGGUCACCAAGGUGGUGGCGGUGGACGGCGACGCGGGCCAGAACGCCUGGCUGUCGUUCCAGCUGCUCAGGGCCACGGAGCCCGGGCUGUUCGGCGUGUGGGCGCACAACGGCGAGGUGCGCACCGCCAGGCCGCUGGGCGAGCGCGACGCGCCCAAGCACCGGCUGGUCGUGCUGGUCAAGGACAACGGCGAGCCGCCGCUGUCGGCCAGCGUCACGCUGCACGUGCUGCUGGUCGACGGCUUCUCGCAGCCCUACCUGCCGCCGCCCGACGCGCCGCCGCCCGCCGCGCAGGCCGACCGCCUCACCGCGUCCCUGGUGGUGGCGCUGGCCGCCGUGUCGUCGCUCUUCCUCCUGUGCGCGCUCGCCUUCGCGGCCGCGCGCCUGUGCGGGAGGCGCGGGGCCGGCGCGCGCGCGGGCUCGCUGGGGCCCGACGGCCCCUUCCCGGGCCGCCUGGUGGACGUGGGCGGCGCCGGGACGCUGUCCCACAGCUACCAGUAUGAGGUGUGCCUGACGGGGGGCUCAGGGACCAACGAGUUCAAGUUCCUCAAACCCAUUCUCCCCAACUUCCCUCCCCAGGACCCUGGGAGGGAAAUGGAGGAAAACCCCGACCUUCGGAAUAACUUCCCAUUCAGCUAAGUAUGUAUUAUUCUACCAAGCCCUUCUUCGUAAGGUUAGAAAUCUCCUUUAACUCAACAUUACAUGUUAUUGGUGCAUGUUAUUAAUGGUCUGUUCAUUGAUUAUUACUCCUCCUCUUUAGGGUCAAACACUAGGCAUACACAUUAUUUCCCGUUUAAUAAGUCUAAUUCUUUUUAAGUUGCUCUCAAGUUCAUUCAACAAUCUGAAUAAAAAUUAAUUUUAUCUUUACUAUUUCGAUAUUUUGAAAUUCAACUAU